UAACUUCUGUUCCUGGCCUCAUAAAGGAAUAAAUAGAGGCGGGGGGGAGAGGGGGGAAGUAAAAAUUCAAAGGAUAAUAGAUCUGUGAGCAAUGAGCAGCAGCGUGGAUUUAUAGAGAACAAAUCAUGUCAGACAAACCUGAUUGCUUUCUCUGAUUUAAUUUACAAAAUUAGCGAAUGAAGAGAGUGCCAUGUAUGUAAUAUAUCUGGGCUUCAACAAGUCCUUUCGUAUACCGCCUUGUCAAAGAUGACUUGAAAAAUGAACUGAUAUUGCCUUGAAUGUGAAUGCUGCCACAUGGAUUAAAUAAACGGAGAGACGGGAAACAAAAGGGAAUGCGGAAGAAAAUGGAACUGGGGUCACACUUGGCUUUACUCUGAUGGCUGCUGCUGGUCUACAAACUGGGGAGAUAAUAGCACAUGCUGUGAUGGAAGGAGGUGCAGAUUUAAGGACAAGGGAAUUGCACAGAGAGGUUUAUCUUAGAAAAUAACAAAACUAAGUUCCAUCCAGAUGUACAAGUCCAGUACGAUAUCCAGAUAUACAAAUGCAGACAUACAAAUUCAGUAUGAAAUGCAGUUUUGGUACCGAGCAUAAUGAUCACCUGCAUCUUACAAUUAAAAAGACAAAAAUCAAGCAGCAAAAGGGGAAGCACAUGGCAAGAGCUGGGAACAUUCAGCUUCUAUUAGCAGCUAAUGGUCUGUGGAGACAUGGGCUGGGACUCCGACAAUGGGACCUACCAACACACAAAUCUUCAACAGAUCAAUAAGAAACACCAGCUUUCAGCAGGGUUGUGUUACUUCCAUUCACGAGCAGGCCAGGGGUCAGAUAAGCCAGGAGCUGAUAUUUCCAUAUAUAAGAACUUCAUAAACCAAUGACAAGUGAUAACAUACACCCACUAAAUCAAGGGAUGCCUGCAGGCCUAGCAUCAGGAGAGGCCUUGUGCACCAGGCCUGGUUUCUGCUGACUCUAGAGCUGUAAAGUGAUCUGUAGGGUGAGGUACUCAAACACAGGCAGGAUAUUCACUGGGGGAAGCUAAAAAGGUUGGCUACAAGAAAGAAGGGGACAGACUGUUUAGCAGGGUCUGUGGUGAGUGCACAGGGGGAAACGGUUUCAAAUUAGAACAGGGGAGAUUUAGAUUGGGUAUAAAGAAAAAGGUGUUAUUUUACAAUGAAGGUAGUGAAGCAGUGAUUGCCCAGAGAUGCAGCGUUUGUCCUGUCCUUGGAGACAUGGUCAGCCUGCAUGGGCUCUGAGCACGGUGACUGAGCUGUAGGUGCCCCAGCUAUCUGCAGGUAGUCGGACUAGAUGGCUCUUAAGGAUCCCUUCUAACUCCAACCACUCUGGGACUCUGAUUCUAUGAAAAGGCUCCAGGGAAGGACUGAAGAAAGCCGAAACCGACUAAUGCGGCCACCCUGCACAGUGACCCCUAUCCCAGCACCUCUCCGCACUCAGUACCGCUCAGUACCGGCUCCUAACGGCCCGCACAGCCUCAGGGCACAGCCGCACACAUCGCACCCAACCCGCGGCGCUGCCGGGCGGCGCUGCCUCCCACUCCGGACCAGCCCCCGGCGCCGGGCCCGCCUCUCGGCGGGGAGGGCGGAGAGGAAGUGGCCCGGGAAGGCCGGAAGCGCCGCUGCGAGGGGCAGGCGGAGCGGCUGCUGCCCGCAGGCGUUGCCAAUGGAUGAACUUGUGCAUGACUUGGCCUCAGCCUUAGAACAGACUUCAGAGCAAAACAAGCUGGAUGAGCUAUGGGAAGAGAUGGCCCUGAGCCCGCGGCAGCAGCGACGCCAGCUUCGCAAGAGACGGGGUCGCAAACGCCGCUCAGACUUCACCCAUCAGGCAGAACAUGCCUGCUGCUACAGCGAGGCCUCGGAGUCGAGCCUGGAUGAAGCUGUGAAGGAUUGCCGUGAGGUGCUGACCACCAACUUCAGUGACUCUGAUGACAUGGCAGCGGCCAAACGACAUCCAGCUCUCAGUGCCACCCUGAGGAGCAAGCAACACUCGUGGCAUGAGUCAGACUCCUUUACAGAGAAUGCACCCUGCCGACCUCUUAGGCGCCGCCGGAAAGUCAAACGCGUGACGUCAGAAGUGGCUGCCAGUCUCCAGCAAAAGCUCAGGGUGUCAGAGUGGAACUAUGAGAGGGGAUGCAGGUUCAAGUCAGCAAAGAAGCAGCGUCUUUCACGCUGGAAGGAGAAUGCCCCGUGGACGUCAUCCAGUCGUGGCCUUUGUGAAUCGGGAGAGAACAGGCCCUUCCUCAGCAAAGGGGGGAGGAAGGAGCGGAUGGAGUGUGAAGCUGAUGAACAGAAGCAGGGCUCAGAUGAAAAUAUGUCUGAAUGUGAAACCAGCAGUGUAUGCAGCAGCAGCGAUACCGGACUGUUCACCAAUGAUGAGGGCCGCCAAGGAGAUGAUGAGCAGAGUGAUUGGUUUUAUGAAGGAGAAUGUGUCCCAGGAUUCACCGUCCCCAACCUUCUUCCCAAGUGGGGAGCUGACCACCGAUCUGAAGUGGAACGGAUUGACUCAGGCCUGGACAAGCUCUCAGAUUCCACGUUUCUUUUACCCUCACGACCAGCUCAAAGAGGAUUUCACGCUCGCCUGAACCGCCUUCCAGGAGCUGCUGCCCGUUGUCUUCGGAAAGGUCGAAGGAGGCUUGUUGGCAAGGAGACCUCCAUCAGCACUGUGGGCACCGAGAGGCUAGGUCAUGUUAGCGAUCCACGCCAGAAAGAUUUUUGGUUACCAUCGAUGGGGAAGAGAGAUCGCAACCAGUUCAAUCCAUUAUCUCCUCUGUACUCUCUGGAUGUGCUUGCUGAUGCUUCCCACCGAAGAUGCUCGCCAGCACACUGCACUGCCAGGCAAGCAAAUGUACACCUGGGACCACCAUGCUCAAGGGACAUCAAGAGGAAACGAAAGCCAGCUGCAGCCUCCAUGUCCAGCCCAACGCCAGCAACUUUAUCUGUGCACGUGGAUGCUGCAGAGUCAGACCUACCAGCAACACCGCCGUCCCCGAGAUCCCAGCACCUUGAGUGGACAGGGAAAAUACCAGCAGCUGAGAAAGCCACAAUUGCUGGCUCCACUAACUUUUUUAAAAUGCCGCCAGAGAAGAGCCCUGGAUACAGCCAAAAGGAAGCACUGCAACUGUAAAAGCUUGCUGGAUUUUGGACGUGUUUGACUCUGGUGUAUGUCUCCACCAAACAUCUUGUUUGGCGAUGGAGAUUCCUCAGUAUUGGCGCAUGAUGUGCGCCAUUAUCCAGACAGAAUCUGUGUUUAAAAACAGGUAACAAGCGUUGGGACUGCAGUGACUGUUUAAAAUGUUCUUGCUAUUGCUGUAUUUAUUAUGCGUUCAUCUCCUUACCUGAUGCCAACUCAUACAUGCUGGAUUGUGUACAGAAUCUUUUGGGUUUCAAAUCUUGGAUCUUUGUUCACUUUGUGCUUGUUUGCUGCAUUUAGCAUUUUCUGGCUGAAAGUUCCCGCUGCUGCUCAAGGAGGCAAAAGUCACCCCCUGCUUUCUUCUAGGCCAGGAGGAUUUCUUGGCUGGGUAAUUAGAAUGAUACCAAGUUGAUAUAUGUAAGCAGAAUUCCGUGUUUGCAGAAUGUUUUCAGGCCGUGUGUAUGAACUUGAGUCAUAUUCCUUCUAAUGAAACAAGUACAGUGCAUGCCAAUUCAGAGGUUGCCAUGGCCCACUAGCAGCAUGGUCCCUUAGACCUUUUUUUCUCUCUUGUUCUAAAUGUCUUCCGUCUUGCUUGUGUAUUGCAUGUUCUUUUCUAAAUCUUCCAAGGAUUUGGAAGAACCAGUUGGACAUAAACGUGCAAACUGAUGUCACGGAAAGGAACUUGGACCUCUGACAAGCUUGAAGUAUGUUAGAGGAUAUACCAAACUUCUGUCUCUCAGUGUUUAACUUCAAAACUGAUUGUCAGCAUUUUCCAGCACAUUUCCACUGAGGUUAACAGCUGAAUGAAGAAACAUUUAAGGUUUCUUGCUCCCUUCAAAAAGUAUUGUCUGCUUUGUCUGCUGGGGGUGUCUCCACCUGCUGAUGAUUGUACUUUAUUCUGAAGCAUACUCGGAAGAAAUUCUGUUCUCUAUGUAAUGCUUCCACGUCGUCCUGUUACCUUCUAUGUUGCAGUACACGUGGGUAGUGAUUUCUCCCUACUUUCCUUGUACUCUUGGUCACAUUACACUUUUCUAUAAUUAUGCUAUUUGCAGCAUAUUUUGGAGUUCAUUUUUAGCAUAUAUACCUGCAUAGCAUGUGUCAAGGGACCGGUGACCUCACGGGUUCUUAAGUCCUUUAAAAACAUGAUAUAUUUGUAUGCAUACCAUUGUUUUUACUUUCCUCACUGGGUGGAGCUUUCAGACAGGACUGUUAAAGCUUUUAAAAUUCAUAAUGAAUAUGGAAGUGCACUUAGAACUGUUUUUACUCUUUUUGCAGUGGUUUUAAUUGUUUUGCAGUGUUUACCUCUGUUUCAGAAAUCAGUAACUGAGGGACAUAUUUGAUAGCAAGGCUAUAUGGUGGUACUUUAUAUUUAAUUAUGUAUUAAAAUGUUAAAUGGCCAUAACGUAUACAAAACAAAUAUGGAAUGGCUCCGUUUACAUGCAGACUGACAAAUACAUUUAUGUUACAGACAUGCUGCCUAUCUCUGAUCCCCUAAUACCUGCUUAUUCUUGGGGAGGGAUCCAGAUUGGAUUUACAUUUCGCAGCCCAAGCAAACUGUCAGAUCUGUCCAUGCAAAUCCCUCUCAAAAUAUUUUUGUUGUUGUUGUUAGCGGUACAUUUUAGAACUAUUUAGAUCAAGAAAAGCCCUUUUAUCUUGCUAACGAAGUACAGGGGUCAGUUCAGAUUAUGAGACGGGCUGUGGGGGUUUUGUGGAGAAAGGAGUAUUCCUGUUUUGAAGUAGUUAUUGGAUUGUCGUACUAUGUAUUUUAAGCACUUGGUUCAGUGGUGCUUGGGAGUCAGUGGAAGAGGUCUCAGCACUGUGAGGGCCUAAAGUCUGGAACUGAAGCUCUUGUCUAUGUAGGACUCGUAAGCACAUUCAAGGCAAAGGUGGUCAUCACCUUCUUGUGAUGAAUUUUCACCUUCUUCAGAUGAAUUUUAGUUUUGGGAACCUUGUUACCUAACCUGCAGGCAGCUUAAUGACAAGGAGUGGUCCCUAAAAGAGCAUUUGUGCAAUUGAGAGAGGCUUUUAUCUCAAGAAGGAUCUUCCAAAACUUCGCUUGAUUUGAGUCUAUUCAACAGAUGCACUCCUGUUUCAAUUUAGUUGAAAUUUUCAGUGGUGGUCUUUUGUGCUCCCCCUCUUUACAACUAUUCUGAUAUUGUAUGAUCUAUUCCAAUAUUGUUUGGAGUAGUUCUGUUUUUCCUGUAAUCUAAGGACAAUUUAAAAACUUUUAUGAGAGUUGUUAGGGGGUUUUAGGGAAUUAACGGCCUUUCUCUCACUCUUGGGAGAGACACCAGACUUGACAUGAUUUUUCUCUGGGGGCACUGUGAGAUAAAUUAUCUUCAGAUUUUCCUAUUGAGGUCAGUAACGCUGUUCAUCUGAUUAAGCCCUUAGUUAGACUGUAAGCUCCCUAGGAGGUCUUACUUGCCUUUAAAGGUUGAAUGUACCUUUGGCACUACAGAAGAGCAACUCUAGCAGGCCUUGUCUUGAUAAAUAGUGUUUCCUGCCACUGCAACUUCCUGAAAGUUUGAAGGGAGACUCAAAUUCUUGCAGCUGCCCUCUCUUUAGUAUUUCUGUGUUAGACUCCAUUUGUAGGUCGAUCAGGCUCUUGAUCAAAUUUGAUUCUCCUGACUGGCAGACAACCUAAAUGAAUCACAUGUCAUGUUCCAUCUUAUUACUCCAGGGUGUUUAUCUAAAUUCAUCAUCAUACUUCAGUAGCUUGAUUCAGAUUUCAAUAUUUGCAGCAUUCUUAGAUGAAUGAAGUAGGUGUGUUGUUGUUUUGCAGUACUCACUUGUAUUCCACUUCUUGUCCACCAGGACUCCCCAGUUAUUUCCAGAUCUGGCUUCCUCUCCAGUUGAUCUUCAGCCAGUGUCUUACACAAGGCUAGUUUGUCCCAGAUGCAAGAACCUCUACCUGCCUUUAGGUGAGAUUUAGGAAGUUUUUGUCUGCUUACUCAUUCAAUCUGUCAAGGUCCCUCUGGAAGGUACCCCCCCAUUUUAAGGUAAGGUAUAGUAAAGAGUGAGGGAGGCAGGGAAACAGUAGUUGGAGAGAAAGCUCAUAAGAGGCUGGGACUAGUGCUACUGAAUGAUAGAUUAGCUUCAUGACUGUACUACGCAGAGGUGUGUCUUGCCAGCAUUCCUGAGUAAUGAUAUUGAGAUGCUUAGUGCUGCCCUUCAGACUGUAGAAGCUCACUCUGUUACUUGGUGGAUGUUGCAGACAGCUGCUCGGUGGGCAGAGAUUGAGAAGGAAAUAGGUGAAAAACAGUCACUGAGAAUCUUCUUUAUUGUAAUUGCCCUCUGCACUGAAGAAAGAAGAUGCUACGAUGUAUAUGCCUGUAAACUGAGAAGGAAUUAUGUCAAGCAGACAAGGACUUUGCUUUGAUGUCUUCAGGAUCAGUUUCUUAGCCAGAGAACAUUUCAGUAAAGCAAAAGUAAAGCCUGCUACGUGUCAUUUGUUCAGAAAAUGUGCUUUAAUAGCCCUUUACAGGAGACUAUCAAGGGAGAACAAACUUCUGUUCUCACUGUGAUACUGUAUUGUUGUAUCUUUGUCUCCUGCAUUCUAAUCCUGUUUGUGUUUGCAUUGAGGCAUUCUGGUUUUGUACUAUAAAAUUCAGGAAAAAUAUGAUGAUGCUGCUUAGGGCAAAAAACAUAAGGACUACUUGCUAUAAAGAAGGCAAAAUUAUCAGAGGCCAUUAAUUUUUACCCAGCGCAAGAACAGAAUUCAGCAUAGAGAAAGAACAGUGUCUUAACUACACCAAAGCAUUUUGUUCUUCAAGGAAGUGAACUGUGUCACCAGCAUAUGAGACUGAACUGUCACUAAAGCCUGGGUACCCAUGCAUGUGCAGCCUGCAGUCAGGUAUACCAACUUGUGGAGACAAAAUGCACUUCCCAGCUUUGAUGGGGUAAAAUUCCAUCUCAAGUGCAAAUGUGGCUGUUCGUCUGAUUCCAGUGUGUUAAGAAUGUGUCAGCUGGCAUAACUGGAAAAGAGGCUGCUUGUACCACCUCACAGAACUGGUAAAAUUGGAAGAUGGGCUGAUACAUUCAGUAAUAUCAAAGAAAGAUGCAAAACAUAUAUACCUGCAAAUAAUAAUCACAAAAAAGUAUUGCUGACCCCUGCAUGUGUGACCCAGUGUAUUCACUGUCUUAAAUCAGAGCUGCCAGUGCUCUGAGGAUGAUCAGGGAUUUGCAGAGCUGUUCUGUUUUAAUUGUGAUCUGAAGAAAAUGGGGUGAAGAGCGAAAGAGAAGAAGCACUAGGUCAGGUCAAAGGUCUGCCCUGCUUGGUAUUCUGUUUCUCACCUUGCCCAAGCUUGUAUGCCUAGAAGUUACUUAAAAACAAAUGAGUUGUGAUUCCUCCCUUUACCUUCUGUUAGCCCCAGUGUCUGGUCUCAGAAAGAUAGAAACUUUCUUCAAGACUGAAGAAAACGUUUUGCGAACCUUUUAGCAGUAGUACUUCUGCAACUGGGUUUAAUUACAUUUCUAGAAGGACAUGUAAUCUGACUUGAGAAACUUCAAAGAUUAGCUCAUUUUCCUUGGUAGCCAUUUUUUCUUAUUAAGAAAUUGCAUCUUUUCUUGGAAUAGUGCUUCUCCCAAAGUACCAGCAUCCCGACACUUUCUUGCUAUGCUUUUUUCAGCAAGAUUGAAAAGUCCUGUUCUUCCUUUACAACUAGCUUCUUUGUUGUGUACAACUAUCUGUUGGCAGUCAACAAGUGCUUGUAAUCCAUUAACCUAUUGUCAGUCACUUUUCAUAAGCUUCACAGUAUAAAACUUUGUCAUUCAGCCUUUUGGUUCCUUUCCCCCAUGAACGUGAAUGUCGCCAGUAUUCCACAUUCAUCUGCACUGAGUUUAGUGUAUUCUCUACAGAAGCAGGAGAUCUUCUCUCUUGCUAUUCAUGCUUCAUAUAUUUGUAUAGCCAAAUAUAGUCCUUGCUGCCCAAACAGUGCCAUAACUGCAAUAGAAGUCAUAUUCAUGCAGCUGGGUGAAGCCUUUGAAUUAUCUUUCAAAUCUGGCAACACCAGACAGUUAGCCAAUGCACCAUCAGUUUUGUUUCCCUUCUGUCCCAGGCAGCUUACUCGGAGGUAGUUCACAAACAGCUAUACUCUAAAGAGCCAUAUAGUAUAUGUCACAACUGCUUUAUGUGGUCAUAAGAUUUAACUGCAUAGUAAGUAUUGGAUUCUGGGUACUUAGGAGUCUGUUUUGGGGGUAAUGUAAACAGGCUUCUUGUUUGUAUUCUUUUGUCUUAAACAUAUAUUAUCUGAAAAAAGGGCCUUGCAGAAUCUGUGUUGCAAUUAUAGAAACUGGAAAUAAAAUCAAUAUAUGAAAGAUUUGUUGUAUCUGAUACAAAGUGAGCUGAGAGUGGGGGAAAAGGUUCAGUGACAUCCAAGUAGAUUUACAGAAUGGUAAUUGUUCAGAAUCUUUAUGCUUCUUCGUCUGUUCCCUUAAAUACCUUAAAUAUAGACUGCAACCUGAGAGUCUGUAGGAAUUGAUGAUGCUUUUUUCCUUCGAAUUGCAAGCUCGGCUGAAGGAUUUGAGGUAACUCAUCACGUCCAUUCUUUGCUCAGUAAUUUUUGUUUGUUUCCUAGUUAGCCAUGAUAUCAUGUCUGGGCAAUCGUGACGCUUCCUGUUUGGAGCUUGAAAUGAUUCCAGAGUUUCUUAAGUAUCCUUUCACUUCCAAGUCACCGCUUUGGAUUUGCCAAGUCCCAGAAAAGAUUUCAUUUAAACGAGUGGGUCAGUCUCAAUUGAUAUUUUAAUGGAUAUAUAUUCAUUUUGCCAAAAGUAGCAUCCUUUUAAGGCUGAUUUACAUCACUAUAUUUUACUAUGAGAGCAGCAGCUUCAAAGAUCAAAUUAGCAGUGGACUUUGAAUUUUCUCUUGCAUGCAUUUAUGUCCCUAAAUUGAUAGCUUUGCAUGCUUGUGUGAGGAAUGAAGCAGUUUCCUCCUACAUUAACUGUUGCCAGAAGCUUGAGCUGAUGGAACGUUGUUAAAACAAUGGUCAAGAUCCUUUGGAAGCCGCUUGCUUCAAGUUCUUAAUCUUAUAUGCAGGUUGUUUGUUGGUUGUUUGAUUUGUUUUCCAGUUUGUAGAGCUGGUGAUUUUCCCCUCUCACCUUCAAGCUGCACCUGUAAGAGCUGAGAAGUGUUUCUGGUGAAACAUUCUGAUUUUUGUUGGGAGGAAGUAGAAUAGAGCUCUUAAGAAUAGAAUCUCUUAUGGGAAGUGCCCCAGUUCAGCAAACAUGAUCAGCUGUGGGUAAUAAUCAAAACACAGUCGGAUAUUCACAGUUAGUUAAGAGCGUCUUCAGUGUUCCACCUGCCUUUGUUGGUUUCUUAGUAAUAAACAUUUCAUUUGAUAAUUGGGGCAUUUCUUAACUCAUUUUCUUUUUCUAAGCUGACUUUUUGUUUGUUUUUUCCUUUUGUCACAUGCUCUUAGUUUUACAGGCACAGGGCAGAAACUUGUUAUUUGAAGGGCUGCUGGUAACUUCAGUAGUGCGGUUCUGGCUGUAGGGUCCCAUCAUAGUGAUGGCUUUAUUCUACUGCUGGUGUUUUUCAGGUCAUGCUUGUUUCAUACUUUUGCACCUCAGAGAAUCUACACCUGAUGAAAAUACAUGGAUACAAGUAGACUAACUACGUACUUAGGGAGGAUUUCUCACCUCUAAGAGAUAUUUCACAUUUGAGAGUGCAAGAUUUGUUCUCUACAGAAGUCAAGCAAUUUUCCAGUAAGGGCAGAUACUUGAUGGUUGUUUUUUAAUGAAAAGAAAUACAGAGUUUCAAACUGCUACACUACAUUCAUUUCAUUCGAUCCAGGCGAGGGAACAACAGGGAGAUACCUGAGGAUGAGAACAAGAGGGAGAGCUUAUGCACAUUAUAUUCUGGAGGUGCUGCCCUUAGGAAGACAAAAACACAUGGAAUGUAUAAAAUAUCUUUAAAACAGCAUCAUAUUUGAAGAGCAUUGCUCUCAAUAGUACAGUCAGCCCCUCUGCGUGAACAGUACAAUGUAGUCAAGCAGUUGGGGGUUCUCCCCUUUCCUAUUGGGUUUCUGCCUCCAUCAGUGUGGGACAGCUUUGAUUCACUCAUUGUACAACUGCGUGGGUUUUGCUUUUUCUCCUUCAUUUAGACACUUCUUGCUUCUCAGGCAUCAUAGAGAUGGCAACAAGCAAGUAUAUCUCCAAGGCAGUUGGUCACUUGCAUUCAUAACAAUAACUCUGUUUUUCUGCCUUUAGCAGUAAAUGGGUAAGACCGUAUCUCCUCCAGUUGUUGGCCUUCCCCUCCCCAGAGGUGUGUGUUUGGUGCUCAGUGAAGCUGGAUUCCGAUUGAAAAUAAACUGCGUGCUGAUUUGAUUUAACUCUGUAAUGUUACGCACAAAGGGAUGAAUUAGGGUAACAGUUCAUUUCUUCAUUUUUUAUUAUUUCUGUCUGUAUCCAGAUAUACAUGUGUAUGUAUGUAUAUUUACAACUAUAAAAUUUAUUUUUACACUAGGGAUUGUUGGUAUGUAUUCCCUUUGUGUUGGGACUUCUUUACAGGAUAUUCUAGCUUCCAAAAAUAUGCUUUCUCCCUGGGUCCUGGACUUCAAAGGAAUUGAAAAAGGAAGAGCAACCCAAGUGCGUAGUAUGGCAGAAGAUCUGCUAUGAAGUAUCUAAUCUACUACAACUCAAGAAAGAGAAAUAGGUAGGUGAAAACUUGGUCUUGAGCAGUUGCUCUUCAUAUACUUUUACCUGAAGUAUAUCUUCAUAUACUUUUACUUUUACUGUAGGCCAGUAUGACUGUUGGCUAAUGUCUUGCAUGGACAUUUCAAGUGUCACUUUCUGAGUCUCUUCCCUAAUCUCCAAAGCAAUGACUGUACAGUGCAGAAAACCAGCUGUUAUUUAAUAAACGACAGGCUGCCUGUCAGUGCCCAGGUGGGUAGAAAGUAACUUCUCAGAAGUUCUGCAUGUUUUCGCCCUAAGGUCACCUUAGGAGCCAGAGUCAAUUAUCUGAACUGUAUCGAGAGGAGAAAGGCAUUAAGAACCAUAGUGACUUUUGUCUGUCCUCUGUUUUGUUCUGUUUUCUCCUUUGAAUCUCAGUAUUCUUAGAAUCAUAGAAUCACUCAGGUUGGUAAAGAUCUUGAAGAUCAUGGAGUCCAACCAUCUUGGAGAAAUUAGCACUUUUCCUUGAACCAAGAAUAAAACCCUCUACCUUUCUCCAACAUGUAUUAGAAUUCUUGUGUCAGAUGUGGUUAACAGGCUCUAUUUGCAGCUGAAUACCCAAUUUCUCAUAUAAACAAAUGCCAUUGACCCGUUGGAGUUUCCACAAAAAACAUGUGAGAUGGGGCAGGUAGCUGCAGUUGUAUCCCCAUAAUUGCUAUAAAGCACCGUGGGCUGUGUUAUCCCUUGCUUACACACUGCACCUACAUGUCUGUGCUAAAUAGGCUCUUUCUGAACAAAAGUACAUAUUUUGUGCUGCAGAAGCAUUUAAGAUGACAUGCUGUACGCCUUAUUCCUUCUCUUCUAAAGCAAUAAUUGUACACUACUGUGUGACUCAGACACAGUUCUGCUGACACCUACAAAUUGUUUUCGGGUAAUCUACAUCCCACCUGUGUAUACAUACUUAAAUGCAACUCUGGUAUUUGCUCAUGGGAAGGUAUCAAAUGAUCAUCACAAAAAUCUGGGAACUGAAAGCAGCAGAUCUGGUGUAUUCAGAAUGUGAGUGUUCUCUGUCAUUUCACAAGUACCUUGAGUUUUGGGGUACAGACGAGUGCAACUUCUACUACUUGUCACCGAACUACUGCUGGUAAAUGAAAAUUGGAAUACAGUGUUCCCUGGAGAGUUUGUCUGUCAUGGAGCUCAAGAGGUUAAUAUGUAGUUAUGUGGUGAUACUAUAAUUUUAUAUGCAUCUGCAGAUACUGGUAAUAGAUAUUAAAGUGGGCAUUUACAUCCUUA